UCACUCAGAGACAACACGACUUCCUACUGUUUUCACACUCAGCGCUGCAAUGGAUCGGCAGCCUCACGACUACGCCGCCUCCGCCAUGGCCUACGCCCAACAACAGCGCCAAGCAGCCACCAGCCUUCAACAGCAGCAGCAGCCACAACAACCGCCCCAACAGCAGCAAUUCGGGUACCCGCCCCAAACCCAACAGUUCCACGGAGGCCCACCACAGUUCGUGGGUCCCCACCCUUCUCUGCAGCAACAAUUCCCUUAUCAUCCCCACGGGCCGCCGCAAGUCCUUCCCCACGCCCCGCCUCACCCCCACCACCUCCCUCCUCCGUCCUUCGCUCCCCACCUUCCCCCUCCAUUGGUUCCCUCCCCCUUCCACGCCGGGCCCACCUACGACUCCCCCCAGCCUCCGCCGUCUGCUCCUCCGUCCGACCCGGAGCUCCACAAACGGAUCGAUAAGCUCGUCGAGUACUCCGCCAAGAACGGCCCAGAGUUCGAAGCCAUGAUCCGGGAGAAGCAGCAGGAUAAUCCCGAGUACGCUUUCUUGUUCGGCGGCGAAGGCCAUGGCUAUUACCGCUACAAGCUCUGGAUAUCGACCCGGGCUCCAGGCGGAUCUUUCAACCCAGCUGGAUUCCCACCCGGGUCGAUGCACAUGCUGCGCCCGUCCCCAAACCCCAUGAUGAACGCGCCUCCAUCUGCGGCAAUGAUGGGCGGGCCUCCGCCGCCUUAUUUCUACGAGCAGCAGCGACAUGGGCAGCAGCCGUUCGGAGUGUACGGGCGGACAGAGUACGACCAGUCUCCAUCCAAGCCCUUCAAAGGGCCCUCGGGACCGCUUCCCUCUGAGGUUGCAAUGGAGCUUAACAAUGUGCUUAUGACGCUGAAUGGGACCAAAGAGUCGAUUAAGGGAGCGAAAUUUUGGUUUAUGCAGCGGUCAAUAUUUGCGCCGGCAUUGGCUGACGCUCUUCGGGAGAGGGUGUUUGGCUUGGAUGAUUCUGAGAGGCAGCUUCAUGUGAUAUACCUUGCAAAUGAUAUUUUGUUUGACAGCUCGCAUCGGCGGACUGUUGAAGGCCUUGAUAAUGAAUCACUUGCUUUCAAACCUAUCUUAGGUUCCAUGCUUGCAAGGAUUUAUCAUAACCCUCAAAUCACAGAAGACAAUCAAUUGAAGUUGCAGCAAAUUUUGCAGUUAUGGGCUUCUAAGAACAUUUAUGAUCAGGAUACUAUUGAUACAUUUAGGAAUGAGAUGCUUGGUGGACCAUCAAGUAAUACUUUUACGGGGAUUCCAAAAGACCUAUCCACUGCUUCAGCAGAAUCAGCAGCAGGAUUGCCACCACAGACAACAAACCACAAUGCAUUUCAAUGGCAGACGGAUAGGCAAAGUUCUGUAUCCAGUUCACUUGAUCAAGAUCACCUUGAUAAACAUGCAGUUCCUGGCCAAGGCAUGCCUCUGUCUAUGCCUUCCCAGCAAUUUCUUCCGAAUUCAGUCCCUCCUGUUGCUUUUCCCGGGUCCAUGCCCAUAACAUCUUCCGUUCUACCAGCAAACCAACAACCCCCACCCCAUUUACUGCCAGGUCAACCUGCUAGUGGUGGGGAGAAGUUGACGCCAUAUCCGUUGUUCCCACCUGGUCUUAUUCCUGAGAUGGUCAGAAAGAUGCAGAUUGGCAGUGGUGUGCCAUACUCGCAGAUGAGCCCUUUGGACAUUCCAACUGUUAUACCUCCAUCCACUGUACCUCAGUCAGAAAUUCUCGAUAGAGUGUCGAAAUUCUUCAAGGAGAUUGGAGAAGUUAACCCUUCUGAAGGGCCCCUUCAUAAUUCAGAUGGCAGGGACGAGGAUGAUUACGAAGGAGAGCCUGUGGCGCGCAAGGGUGGAGCUUGCAUCCCUCCACCCCCAAACCUGCAGAUAGACCCUGAGACGGGGGCUUAUGCUGAUGGAAGUGUAGAUAGAAAGAGUGGGUCGGGAAGGUUGGGACUAGGGGCCACAGCUAAUCCAAAUGAGGCAAGCCAGUACGACGAUGUUUAUUCUUCUUACAGGAAACAAAGAAGCACCAACUACCACUCAUCCAUGAGUGCAAGAGCUUCAGCGAGGUGAAAAACAGACCUGAUUAGGAAAUGCCAACUUCUUCCUUCUUUUUUCGGGUUUUUGAUUUCUUUCGGUAUUGUAUUAAUGUUAAUGCAUGCAAGAAAUAGUACUGCAAACAUUUUACCUGACUAACAGAUAAAUUCAGAAUCUUUAGUUCA